AUGCUUUUGCUGACUUCUUUACUGCUUCCGCUGGCAGCGGUGGCUAGUGUGCCAUAUGAAGAGUACAUUCUGGCUCCAAGUUCCCGGGACCUGAUCCCCACUUCGGUCGUUGGGCUCAAUGGGUCAGUGACAAAUCCGAAGUCCUUAACACAGACUUCUGGUGCGGGUACUACAUUCAAAGGCAUCUCCUCUGUUACCUACGAUUUUGGCAAGAACAUUGCUGGUCUGGUAUCGUUGGAUGUCAGCUCUGCCUCGUCCUCAGCAGCCUUUCUGGGCGUUACAUUCACUGAAUCCAAUCUCUGGAUCAGUAGCGAGUACUCGGAUGCUACUGGGAACUCAGGAUACGACUCUCCAUUAUGGUUCAAUGUCGGAAAGGGACCUGGAACAUAUACACCUGAAGCUAAAUAUCAGCGUGGUGGCUUCCGUUAUCUCACGGUUGUGAGCAACACGACUGCGACUGUUGCGCUGAAAUCCCUUCACAUCAAUUUCACUGCAGCGCCAACUCAGAGUCUCAGAGAUUAUAAGGGAUGGUUCCACUCUGACGAUGAACUGAUUGAUAGAAUCUGGUAUGCGGGUGCAUAUACGAAUCAGCUGUGUACUAUUGAUCCUAAAUAUGGAGAUGCUAUCACGUCCCAAGCUGGGGAUAUUACUUUACCACAGACAAACCCUUGGUACAGUAACCAGACCAUCGCAAAUGGGAGCAGUACUAUCACCGAUGGAGCUAAGCGCGACCGACUCGUUUGGCCUGGAGAUAUGGCUAUCUCGCUUGAAAGUAUUGCUGUCAGCACAGGUGAUUUGUAUAGUAUUCGGAUGGGUCUCGAGUCAUUGUUCGCCUUGCAACAACCUGAUGGUCAACUUCCCUAUGCAGGUGCACCUCUUGGCAUUGCUGUGAGCUACACAUAUCAUCUUCAUAACCUGAUUGGUCUCUCUUUCCUGUACCGAUACUCAGGCGACACAAACUGGCUUUCCAGCUACUGGGAUCAAUACGUUCUCGGAGUCAAAUGGGCCUUGGAGUCGGUUGAUAGUUCUGGUCUGGCCAAUGUCACUUUGAGUGCUGACUGGCUUCGCUUUGGAAUGGGAGCGCAUAACAUCGAAGCCAACGCAAUCCUCUACUUUGUCCUCCAAGACGCUCAGAACUUAGCACAAGAUCUGAACCAAACAUCGAUGGCAACGCAAUGGGCCAGCACCGCAGCUGGCAUCAAAUCCGCCGCCAACAAGCUCCUCUGGGAUUCUUCUGCAGGAUUAUAUCGCGAUAACCAAACCACAACACUCCAUCCACAAGAUGGCAACGCCUGGGCCGUCAAGGCAAACCUGACACUCUCUACAUCUCAAAGCUUAACAAUCUCCAAAGCUCUAAAAGCCCGCUGGGGUAAAUACGGUGCACCAGCGCCCGAAGCCGGCGCAACCAUCUCCCCCUUCAUCGGCGGCUUCGAGCUCCAAGCACACUAUCUAGCUGGUCGACCUGAUGCAGCACUUGAUCUUCUCCGUCUACAAUGGGGAUACAUGCUGCUAGACUCGAAGAUGACACAAUCUACUUUCAUCGAGGGUUAUUCGACUGAUGGAUCUAUUCAUUAUGCGCCUUAUAGUGAUGAUGCGCGAAUUUCACAUGCUCAUGGCUGGUCGACUGGGCCUACUUAUGCGCUUACGGCGUAUACGGCUGGUAUUCAGUUGACGGGGCCGGCGGGUAGUUCUUGGACUAUCGCGCCGCAGCUUGGUAAUUUGACGUCUGUGGAUGCGGGAUUUUCGACCGAGAAGGGGAUCUUCUCGGUCGCGCUGAAGCGUGCUCAGAAGUCUAGUGGGGGAUAUAGCCAGUUCUCGUUUAGUGUUCCUUCUGCUACUAGUGGGACUGUUAAGUUACCUGGGGCUAGUGGGACUUUGGUUUCGAAGACGGGGCAGAAGGUUAAGCUUGUGAAUGGUAUUGCUGCUGUGCCUGGUGGUAACUGGAAGCUUCAAGCAUCUAGGUCUUAG